CCCUCCCCCUUCUCUUUCUCUCUGUCUCUCUUUUAUGAAAUCAAUGAACGAGUUAUUGGGUAGGACAUAAAUAUAAGGAAUCAAAGCCUCCACCGGGACCAACGGCAUUGCGCGCUUUUGAUAUGCGUCUUCGCCAAAUGCUACAUGUGUUUUCACAUCAGUGUAAAUAUUGGCUUUGAUAGGACGAGAGUGGAAUCAGCUCUGGCACGGCUUGGUCUCGGAACCAAAUUUUGACCAAGACUUCCACCAGCUUUUUUAUUUUAUUUUAAUUUUUCAACGUAAAAACGAUUCUCCACCGUCACCAUCUGCUGCUGUUGUACCCAUCCCAACUCACUGGCCGGUCCGAAGAUGGCAACUUUAACCAACGGGCAGGUGGACGGCACGGUGCACGGUGUCGGUGUGGUCUCCGCCAGCACGAACGGGCUCGUGAACGGAUUAAGCCACAGCCACAGCCCGGUGGGCUGCCCGGCCACCAUCCCCAUGAAGGACCACGAUGCCAUCAAACUCUUCAUCGGUCAGAUCCCCCGCAACCUGGACGAGAAAGACCUCCGGCCUCUCUUCGAGGAGUUCGGCAAGAUCUACGAGCUCACUGUGCUGAAGGACCGCUUCACGGGCAUGCACAAAGGCUGUGCCUUCCUCACCUACUGUGCCAGAGAGUCGGCCCUGAAAGCCCAGAAUGCAUUGCAUGAGCAGAAGACCCUGCCAGGGAUGAACAGACCAAUCCAGGUGAAGCCAGCAGACAGCGAGAGUCGAGGAGAAGACAGAAAGCUCUUUGUGGGCAUGCUCAACAAGCAACAGUCAGAAGAUGACGUGCGGCGCCUUUUCGAGUCUUUCGGCAGCAUCGAGGAAUGCACCAUCCUCAGAGGUCCCGAUGGAAACAGCAAAGGCUGUGCAUUUGUAAAAUACUCCUCUCAUGCUGAAGCUCAGGCAGCCAUCAGUGCACUACACGGCAGCCAGACAAUGCCUGGUGCCUCAUCCAGUCUGGUGGUGAAGUUCGCCGACACGGAUAAGGAGCGCACCAUCCGCCGCAUGCAGCAGAUGGCUGGUCAGAUGGGCAUCUUCAACCCUAUGGCCCUGCAGUUUGGAGCCUACGGAGCCUACGCUCAGGUGCAGCAGCAGGCGGCAUUGAUGGCCUCUGUAGGCCAGGGAGGCUACCUCAGUCCAAUGGCGGCCUUUGCUGCUGCCCAGAUGCAGCACAUGGCCACUAUCAAUGGCCUCCCAGGAGCACCGCUGACCCCGACGUCAGGUGGCAGUACUCCUCCAGGCAUCAGCGCCCCCACAGUGACCAGCAUCCCCUCCCCCAUUAGUGUAAAUGGUUUUACUGGCAUGCCGCCCCCCCAGGCAAACGGGCAGCCUCCUGCAGAGGCCGUCUUCACCAAUGGGAUACACCAUUACCCUGUGUUGCAGGAGGUGGUUUUUAGGGAGGACUCGGAGAAAAACGGCUUGGGCGUGGCUCCGCGGAGUUGUUUUGGGGUUCAGGGUGGCUGCUUCCUCUCCUCUCUCUCUGAAGCUCAAAGUCCCACUACAGCUGAUCCUCUCCAGCAGGCUUACACAGGAGUCCAGCAGUAUGCAGCAGCCUACCCCGCUGCAUACGGCCAGAUCAGCCAAGCCUUCCCCCACCCUCCACCCAUCAUUCCACAGCAACAACGAGAAGGACCAGAGGGUUGCAACCUGUUCAUCUACCACCUCCCUCAGGAGUUUGGGGAUGGAGAGCUGAUGCAGAUGUUCCUGCCUUUCGGGUUUGUGAGCUUCGACAACCCAGGUAGUGCCCAAGCUGCCAUCCAAUCAAUGAACGGCUUCCAGAUUGGCAUGAAAAGACUCAAGGUGCAGCUGAAGAGGCCAAAGGACGCUAACCGCCCCUACUAGCCCCCCGCCCCAGCCAGCCGCCGCCACCCUGGCGGCCGGGGCAGCCGUCGCACACAGGAAAAGACAGGUUUUGUUGAGCUGAAUCAUAUGUUGACUUCUUGCUACCCGCCACUGAGUGCAAACUCAACAUCUGGACCACUGAGGCUGCUUCAGAAACAGAGGAGAGAGAGAGAGAGCGAUGACAGAGUCAAGGACACCUCCUUUUGGAUGUACUAAAACUUUGGAACUCAGAGAGAAUUUGUACCAGCCUGGCUAGCCCCAGGACCUUUUUUCUUCUGCACACAUAUACACACCUCUUUCCCCACAAAAACCUGCUUGAAUGACAGCUACCUUUUCUGGACCACAAAAACUUUUACUUGAACAAUGAGAAGAAAAAAAGAAGUAAAAGAAACUCUAUCAAACCUACUUACAAUGACCAACCCCACUGAACUCAAAGGGAAUAUGGAUGUCAAAAGUCCAACAAGAACAAAACUUUUUAAAAACUGAAUAGAAGAUUGCCGUAGGAGAUCUUUCUGUAAGAUGGUUUGACUUUUGGGGCAAUUGACUUUUGAAGACCAAUUUAUAAGACUUGAAACAAGAAGGGACAAGAAAUUCUCGGCAAGAGAACUUAAGUAGGGAAUGUGAUAUUUUCAGGACACAAAUUGGCUUCGAUUUUGGGAUGGCCAUCUUUAGCUCGGAGUGCCUGUCCGUUUCCAGGGGAUACCGUUGCCAAGGAGAGCCAUAGCAACGGUCUCCAGGGAGUCUUACCUGUCAUUCCUUAGUUGUUUUAGGGACCAAAAGACCAAACAUUUUUAUUGCUGAGGACUUGUAGCUCUAAUAUACUCGGACCACUGCAUCUCUUUCAGUCAGAGUCAACUGGUUGAAGGGUUGCACUUAAAAAGAAGUGUACAUUUCGAAUAUAUACAACACAUGUAUAUAUACAUAUAUAUUGCUGAUAUGCUUUUUGAAUACAGGCAAAACUAUUUCAGAUGACCAAAUGAGGUCUCUCACUUCGCUAGUUUACAAUUACUCAAAAUGUUUAUUUUUUUCUCUUCUCAUUUUGUCUCGGGAG